GGCCCCAGUGACCAACGCAGGCGGCCCCGCCCGCUCGGCCGGGCUGGCCCCGGGAGGGGUCACCACCUCGCGCCGCAUCCCAAGCCCGCCCCGUCCGAGGCGCUCGCAGCCUCUGGCCGGGGGUCCCAGGGCUCGAUGACGGUGGACAGCAGCAUGAGCAGUGGGUACUGCAGCCUGGACGAGGAGCUGGAAGACUGCUUCUUUACGGCCAAGACCACCUUUUUCAGGAGUGUGCAGAGCAAACAUCUGUCAAAGAAUGUCUGUAAGUCGGUGGAAGAGACGCGCCGCCCACCCACGCUGCAGGAGAUCAAGCAGAAGAUCGACAGCUACAACAGCAGGGAGAAGAACUGCCUGGGCAUGAAGCUGAGCGAAGAUGGCACCUACACGGGUUUCAUCAAAGUGCAUUUGAAACUUCGACGGCCUGUGACAGUGCCUGCUGGGAUCCGGCCUCAGUCCAUCUAUGAUGCCAUCAAGGAAGUGAACCUGGCAGCCACCACAGACAAGCGGACAUCUUUCUAUCUGCCAUUGGAUGCCAUCAAACAGCUUCACAUCAGUAGCACCACCACAGUCAGUGAGGUCAUCCAGGGGCUGCUCAAGAAGUUUAUGGUUGUGGACAAUCCCCAGAAGUUUGCACUUUUUAAGCGGAUACACAAGGAUGGUCAAGUGCUCUUCCAGAAACUCUCUGUUGCUGACUGCCCUCUCUACUUGCGUCUCCUUGCUGGGCCCGACACAGAUGUCCUCAGCUUUGUGCUAAAGGAGAAUGAAACUGGAGAGGUGGAGUGGGACGCCUUCUCCAUCCCUGAGCUCCAGAACUUCCUAACAAUCUUGGAAAAGGAAGAACAGGACAAAAUCCAGCAAGUACAGAAGAAGUACAACAAGUUUAGACAGAAACUGGAGGAGGCCUUAAGAGAAUCCCAGGGCAAACCUGGGUAACUGGUCUUGCUUCCUCUCCUCCCAAUGCCCACAGAUUUAUUUUUAUUAUUAAUUAUUAUUUUGCAACAGACACUUUUUCUCAGGACAUCUCUGGUGGGUGCAUCUGUACCCGCCUCAUAGUUCCAGAUGUGGCACAAAGUCUCUUCCAUGGACAAGUGUCUGUGUGGGGGUUGACUCCCGCCCACCCUCCACCGCUGUGCCCCUCAACAGACUCCACCAAGGAUCAGAACUCAUGAGAUGAACAGUGUUGUCCUCUCUCAAUCUGCAAGCCUUUCACAAACCAAAUAGUUGCCUCUCUUGUCACCAAACUGGAAACUUUCACACCAGCCGGCAAAAGGAAAAAGAGAAAAAGGUUUUAGAACAAUAUGUUCUUUCUCUGGCUUUGACUCAUCUUCAGUUUCUCUUAUUUGCCACCUUCAAUACCUUUAUUUAUGAGUCAAAUGUUGUAGCAUAUUCCUUUAGCAGGUCUGAGCUAAGUCCCCGAAAGCAGAAUAAUGUUCAAAAAAAGGACUUUCCCACUGCCCAAGGCACUCUGUACCUGCUUAAGGGAAGUUCAUGUGGUCUCUGGCCCAGCUGCUGGGCUAAGGCGCACCAAGGCGGAGGCUGGAUUUCCAGGGAAGCUGCCGCCUGCUCUGUCCCUGGCCCUCAUUGCUGAAACUGUGCCCGCGUAAACCCAAAGGGAUAUAUAUGUAUGGUAGUCAUAUCUAUGUCAACAGUCUUUGUUUUUAAGUUACAAAUUUGUUUUUAACAUUACUAUCAUCUUCAUGUGUUUCCAUUAAAGGGAAACUAGCCAUUUACCAUUUUAAAAGUCUCCUGCUGAGUCUGGAAAUCAGGCAGCAAGAGAAAGCCAAAAAGCAUUGCAGAGAAACGUGUCCAAGCUGUCUACAGCCUUGCCUCCACCUUCAGCAGCGGAGGGCCUGGCCGCCUUGGGUUCCCCCAGGGCCUCCAGCACUGCCUCCUUCCUCCCCCUGGAACUCUGGGAUCUCCAGGUGCUGCCAGAGGCAUGGCCUUGGUUACAGAGGGGGAUCCUCCAACAGGGCCAACUUGGAGUCCUUUCUGUUGUGAAGCUGGCCAGGCAUGGCUCAGUGAACCUGUGGGUCUGGCCUCCCGUUGACCUCAGUGCCUUUUGUUUCAGAGAGACAGGAGCAGGGCAUGUUUGCAUGAAGCUCUGCUGCUGACUUGCUUCUGCCAGGAAGUGGACAAUGGCGGUGUGGGAGACAAGGCCAGGGGAGCCCUCUCUUUGAGCAUAGGGUGAGGGUUACACACCUCCUACCCAUCUGGGUUCCUAGGCUUUGACUUCCCAAGAAGUAAUAUCAGCACAUUGACAGGGAGGAUCAUAUUCCUGACUCUGAAUAUUUGUACUGGCGCCUUGUUUAGGUUCAAGCUUAAAAUAAUUAGCCAGACAAUUCCAGCAAGUAGCCAGGACUGCAGAGAUGCUCCAACCAGAGGGAGAAGGACUUGCCAUUCUCAAAAACAGAGUUGGUUUUCCCAUCCAGCCUCGGAGUGACCAUUUCUUUGCUGCCCUCUGCCUUCCUAAGUCCCUCUUGGGUCAGUUCCAACCCAAGCUUUGUGUAGCCUCCGAAGUUUCUUCCUUUACUAAGGCUGAGUCCAUACUGCCCUAUUCCCAGAGGAAUGCUGACCCCUUGUCAUAAACACUGUGUGUCAUCUUCAGAGCUACAAAAGCAACAUGAGCUAGAAACAAUUUUUUAAGCCACAAAAACCCUGGUUAUCUGCCAUCUCAUGCUCAGCCUUAUCACUUUCCUCCCUUAAAAAAAAAGUAAAUCUCUCUCCCUGCUGCAUAUUAAAGGAAGCAGGUAGAGAGAAUCCCUUUCCCUUUGUCCUGCAUGUCUCUGACCUUAAGAGAAGGCAUGGCUCCUGCUGCAACUGCUGAAUGCUGCUGAGACCCUCCCUUGAUUGGGAUGGCUAUUUUAUUUUUGAGAAGGAAAAAAAAAGUCAUGUAUAUAUAUAUAUGUAUACAGGCAUAUAGCUAUAUAUAAAGAUGUAAGGGUGUUAAUGAAAUAAGAUAAUUAUGGGAAAAUUCAGUCUUUAAAGCACAGUUAGACCCAGGACCCAUGCUGAGGUCUGAGCCUCUGGAAGGCGUAUAGAGUUUCCUUCCCUCCCAGAGGUGGGUGUGACUGCUGGUAGUGCCUUCUAUGGUCGUGUUGCCCAGUGUAUAAGUGUUUGUUCCAAGGAUAUUUUCUUUUUAAUUGUCUUUCUUAUAUGGGUUUUAAAAACAAAGUAAUAAAAGCUUGUUGUAAAAAUGA